UUUUCGUGAUGGUAAACUGAGCUAAAAUCAGCGCGAAACGGCGCAAAUUCGGGGCAGUCGAGAUUAUUACCCACAAUGCAGUGCAAUCGUAGUUCCGGUCCAGCAGUUUGUAAACACAGCGAAAGGGGAGAUGGAGUCGUCAAGAGGGCUCACCUAAAAAUAUGAGCCCGCUGGAGAACCAGGCCGAACACACACACACACACACACACACACACACACAGUGAAUGCCAUACGUGGGGUGUUAAUGUGCGAGUCUUAAAUUAGCCUAAGACUGAGGCUCUCUAGUUAGCUAUUUUACUGGUGGGGUGUUAGUUAGCUGGCUGACUAGCUGGGCAAGCCGCGGUGUCACUCAGCAGUUAUAAACCAACACAAACAGACGGAAUUGGAGCGGUGGCUUGCGCGAGUAACCGGGGGGAGGGUUUGUCGGGGCUUCACUCGCCGGGCAGAUUUUGAGUUGACGUCUUCUAAACUAUAGGACCAGGUAAAUGGGGAAUUGUUUGUCCUCACAGGGUGCCGACGACUUGUCCCUUCUGAACGAGUCUGAAGGUGCGAGUCUUCCUGGAGAGCCUCCACCGCCGUAUCAGGAGCGGGAGCAGGUGCCUGUGUACCACCCCACGCCCAGUCAGCCCCGUCUGGCCACCCAGCUGACAGAGGAGGAGCAGGUGCGAAUUGCUCAGCGCAUCGGUCUCACCCAGCACCUGCCCCGUGGCAUCUUCGACCCAGGCUCAGAGCCCUCCGACAAGAAGAUCAAAGAGUGUGUGAUCUGCAUGCUGGACUUCGAGUAUGGCGACCCGAUCCGGUUCCUGCCCUGCAUGCACAUCUACCACGUGGAUUGCAUCGACACCUGGCUCAUGCGCUCCUUCACCUGCCCCUCCUGCAUGGAGCCUGUGGAUGCAGCGCUACUCUCCUCCUAUGAGACCAACUGAGCGUGCCCGAUGCCAUGGAGACUGCCAGCAUGUGGGGAGGGGCCGGUACACACUGGAGGGUGUGUCUGAUGUGUUGGCCAAGGGAGGGGCAGAGAAGGUGGUAUAGGUGUACGAUUGAGUGUGCGAGUGCGAGUGUUAGUACCAGCUGAAGAUCAGGAGUUAAAAGAAAGAUCUAAAGUAGUAUGGGUGCAGAUUAAAAAAAAAAAGCCCUGUGUUGAUCAGAGAUGCAUUUUUAAGAUGUUUUCUUGAGAUCAAGUAGCUUAAAAUUUGAUGUACAAGAGUAUAGAACUUAACCCGUAUGGGAUAAUAGAUGAUAUAGAUCUUUAAAGGAUAAAUGUAGGUCUUGUGUAGGAUCAUUUUGGGAAAGUGCUUCAAUUAAAUGUGGUUGGAUUAUUUUAUUGUUACCCAGCCAUUUUUUUUUCUCUAAGCGUGCAAUAUAUAUAUAAGAAGCAGCCGUCUUUUUCCGAUUGGUCUUUUGACCUGCCCAUCACAGGUUUCUCCCGUGGAGGUUGUUUGCUCGCUAAGAGCAAAGGCUUGGGUGUGCUGUUGAGGUAUCUAGUGAGUCCUUGGGUCUUGUGAGUCAUACUGAAGAACAGCAUUCUGUAAUUACAGGAUAAUCAGAGCCAUUUAUUUGUAGCUGUUCAGUGAGAGACAACAUGCAAACGUAAAAGGCAGACGUGCAGUAAUUGGCGUGUCUGCUUUACAUAUAUUGCACUUUUCACUUUCAAUCUGCUGCAUUGCAUGUCUUGAUGUGAGGCUUCACACUGGAGAUGGGUCGUCCAGUCCUGGCAAAGCACAGCACAAUGCAGUGUCUAUCUGGCGCAAUCACACCUGAUUCAACUUGCCUUUGCUAAUUCGAAAUACACUGCGCUAAAGACUAAGAAACACUACGUUGUACAGCACACAAGGAAUUGCCCUUCCUUGAUAUAGUCAGGCUUGUCAUUGGAACACUGACAUGUACUUUGAAUAACACACGGAAGGUAAUCUCCAGAGAUGUCUCUUUAGAGCAGAGGAACCCAGCCAUGGUUUGGUAGGGCCAGAGUCAACGGCACAGUCUGGUGAUAUCACUGCUCAAACACACCUAGUAACCCUGGUAAUCAGCUGAUGAGGUAGAUCAGGUGUGUUAGACUAGGGAAGUCACCAAACUAUGCACUCCAAGGCUGGGGUUAGACACCUCUGGUUUAAAAGAUUAUGUUUCUUACUCUUUUUUUCUUUGUUUUUGGCUUGUUUGUUUUGAUUUUGUGUUUUGUUUGGUGCAUUGCAGGAAAUGGAUUCCUUGGCUGCUUUUCUGUUGGCUACCAGAGUGGAAGAUGCUCUUAUUGUGCUAGUCUACUGAGAUUCCACCACAAAAAGCCUUGUCCUUAACCAUGAGAACAGAAAAAAAAAACAGCAGCCAAAACUGUUCUCAGAUCAGCAUAAGUGGGUUAUCUUCACUAUAAACUGUUCUUUUCAUAUGGUUUUGCCUUUAAAUAUAUUGUACUAUAUGUCUUUCUAUCCAGUCUGCUCCGCCUUGAUCUUGCAUGCUGUUGAAGUAUAUAUUUUUUUUCUUUGUUUUUGGUGUCGUCGUGAAUGAUCUUAUGAUACUUGGAGGAAAGUUACGAUGAUACAAUCGUGUUUGUGCACCUUUUCAAUUAUCUUGGCCAACCAAAAACCGACACUGAGAGUUGAAGCUUUACAGUCAUUCCCCUUCCUUUUUGUAAUGUUAUUUGAAAAGAGACAAAAAGACUGUCAUAAGAGCUUCAGCCUUUUCUCAAUUUUGAUACUGCUUGUUGUAAUGUCUUUUGUAUGUGUUAACAAAACAAAAGGAAAAAAAAAGUUCUGUUGUCACCAGAUGAUGCAUUAUGCUGAAAGCAAAAGAAUUGCAACUUUUUUUUUUUAUUAUUGUUUAAGUAUAGGGCUGAUUUAAUCAGGUUAACGUUAUUGAACUGUAUGAUUGAAAUGUUGGAAUCUGUAUUCAGAAAGGUUCUCAUGUCUGAUGUAGGAUUCGAUUCUUGACUGCAUACGGCUUUUAAGAUGUACUUUAAAAAUCUGAUUCAAACUCUCAUGAGAACAUUUAUGAAUGCAGUGACUGAAUUCAGCCUGACAAGAACAUUGGUUUUAGUUAAGGUUGUGACAUUUUGUUUUGAGGAAAUCAGCAGUCUGACAUUUUGUGUACUACUUUUUUUGGGAGGGGGGGCUCAGGAUCUGUGUGUUUAAACAAAAAAUGAGAAGCUACAUAAUUGAAAUAUUGGGUGAAAAAAAAAGUUUGACUAAUUGUGAGAGUAAAUUGUAAGAUGUGUCGAUUGCAUUUGAUCUAAAGUUGAAUAUGCUUAGAAAUGUAGCUCUACUAUAACCUUUCUUCCAUCUUUUUCUUAAUGCAAAAUGAAAUGGCAAACUCCUGUGAAGUACAAUCA